GCUAGGGAUUCGCGCAUGUCACAGGGUGGAGGAGGGGAAGAACAAGUAAACUAGCGUAGGAUCUCAAACGUGCCUCCUGUGGUCCCCGAACGCAGCGAGCAGCGUACAGUACAUCGCAGCGAGACGCCGGGCUAUCAGUAGCGCUCUCAAGCUUGUCUGUGCUUGAGGUUCUAUAGUCUCUGGAAACAUCGGAGCUGUUCAGAUUUGAAAGAUGAACCAAACCGCCACUGUUUCCCAGCCGUGCCGAAGUCAUUCCUCUGGCGACUUGAAGGAUCUUGUAGACCCAGGUCCAGACAGGAACUGGAAGGGCAUUGCCAUCUCCCUUUUGGUCAUUGUGGUGGUCCUCUCUCUCAUCGGACUGGCCAUUGUCCUGCUUUCCAAAGAUGAUAAUUCCAAAUCUCUUGGAACCAAACUGACGCUGGACGACCUGUUUGAGAAAGACUUCCAGGUGCAUGACCCGGAUGCAAAAUGGAUAAACGAUGAAGAAAUUGUUCUCAGGACCAGAGAUGGGGAUGUUCUGAAAACAAAUAUUCAGAGCAAUCAGACCGAGCUCCUUUUGAAGAACACCACUUUCGCAACAUUUAAGGCCUCAAAGUUUUUGGUCUCUCCAGACUUCAACUUUGUGCUGCUGGGCUACGAUGUGAAACAGGUUUUCCGGUACUCUUUCCUGGCAUCAUACUUGAUAUACAACCUGCAUACCAGGGAGGUGCAGGAGCUGAAUCCUCCAGAGGUGGCCAAUUCGGUUCUUCAGUUUGCAUCCUGGGGGAUUCGGGGCCAACAGCUGGUUUACAUCUUUGAAAACAACAUUUACUACCAGCCAGAUAUCAAAGGAAGUUCCCUGAGACUGACCUCGUCCGGACAAGAGGGAGCCAUUUUUAACGGCAUUGCCGACUGGCUGUAUGAAGAGGAGCUGCUCCACUCCCAUGUUGCCCACUGGUGGGCCCCAAAUGGGGACAGGCUGGCCUUCCUGUCCAUCGAAGACACCCUGGUCCCCAAAAUGUUCCUUCCCCGCUUCACUGGUACCCUCUACCCCCGAGGAGAGCAGUACCCUUACCCAAAGGCGGGACAGCGUAACCCUGCAGUCAAGCUCUACGUGGUUAAUUUAGAUGGAGCAUCGCAAACAACGGAACUGCUACCUCCAAGCAGCUUUGAGAAAAGUGAGUAUUACAUCGCCAUGGUGAAGUGGGCCACUAGCCAGACGCUUGCAGUACGGUGGUUGAACCGGGCUCAGAACAUCUCCAUUCUAACAUUGUGUGAUGCCACCAGUGGGGACUGUGUCAAGAAACAUGUGAUGACAUCAGAUACAUGGCUUGACAGACAGGAGGAAGAGCCAGUGUUUUCCAAGGACGGGGGCAGAUUCUUCCUAGCACUACCGAUUAAGCAUGGGGGACAGGGAUCCUUCCACCACCUGGCCAUGCUGUCCGAUCAGGCUGAGCGAGAGGAGGUCAACAUCCGUCAUUUGACCUCAGGGAACUGGGAGGUGACCCAGAUCUCGGCAUAUGAUGAGGGAACCAACUCUGUAUAUUUUCUCAGCACUGAAGAGGGAUUGACUCAAAGACAGCUCUAUAGGGUGUCAACCGUUGACCCAUUUCACCGAGAGUGCCUCACCUGCAAUCUGAACCAACACCAGUGUACUUUCUACAGCGCAGACUUCAGCCCCAGCACCCAGCAUGUUCUGCUCAACUGCAAAGGUCCCGGUAUUCCAAAAACAACAGUCCACAGACUGAGUGACCUAAGCAGUAACCUGACUUUGGAAGAAAACAGAGAGCUCAGAGAGGCCUUGAAGUACAGACAAACCCCACGGAAAGAGAAACGAACUCUCCAUGUGAAUAACUAUGUAUUCCCCAUGGAAAUAUAUUUUCCAGUGCAUUUUGAUGAAGCAAAUCAGUACCCUCUCCUUCUCAUUGUUGAUGGCGCCCCCGGAGGCCAGUCGGUGAACGACCGCUUUCGGCUGGACUGGGACUCUGUUCUGGUCAGCUCGGAUAGUGUGAUCGUGGCCCGGCUGGACGGCAGGGGGAGCGGGUUUCAGGGCCAGAGGGUUCUGCAGGCGAUCCACCAGCGGCUGGGGACCGUGGACGUGCAGGACCAGAUCGCAGCUGUCGAGUCUCUAGGCCGGCUACCCUACGUAGAUGAGAAUAGAGUUGCUGUUUAUGGAAAGGCGUACGGAGGCUUUCUGACCUCUCUGCUCCUCCUCUCACCGGCCACCUUGUUCAGGUGCGGGGUUGCCGUGGCGCCGGUAACAGACUGGAGACUCUAUGGCUCAGCCUUCACAGAGCGAUAUUUUGGGUACCCCCUGAAAGAAGAUCGCAAAUACCAAAUCUCCAGUCUUCUACACAAUAUCACUGGGUCAAGCUAUCACAAAUUUCUCAUCAUCCAUGGAACUGCUGAUGCCACCAUUCAUUUCCAGCAUUCAGCUGAGCUUGUAAAACUGCUGUCAAUUGCACAUGUGAACUAUACAUUACAGAUCUUCCCAGACGAAGGACACAACAUAGUUUCCCUCAGGAGCAGACAUUACCUGUUGCAUUCUAUCAUAACCUUCUUCAGGGAGUGCUUUUCAGAAAGGUAUCCCCCAACUGUCAAAGAGGAGGAUUAGGACUGAGCUAGACUCAAAUCCUUUAGUUAAGAACGUGUUCUAGCACCUUCUUUGAAAGAGGCCACAACAGUGACAAGAACAUCUGCUGACACUGAAGGAACCACUUGUAUUAUGAAGAGGAGAUGUACAUGUAUGUAUGCUUCAGGUAAUUUUGCUUAUUUUUCAAGCCUGUAUGGCCAGUCAAGUGUAAGAAUUAGAAUUAUGGAGAAGUAAAAAUAAAAAAAAAAACAGGAAGGUGUUCAAUCUUCCUGUGUAGUGCCGUGCUGGUUGCCAUGGCAAAAUGAAUGAAGGACUGUGGGCUUGUGGGGUUUCUCUUUUGAAUAACCCAUUUCUCAGUAGAUAUUGAUAAAUUCUCUCAUAUUACUUGUAAUUAAAUUUAGAUAAUACCAGAGUUACCCGAAGAGACAAAUGUAUUUUUUAGAUGCUCGUUAACUCUUUCUUUACUGUGCUGUGAUUAUGACAUAUUAUGAGCAGGUCACAUACUGGGUCCUAUAUUGAUCAAACAGAAAAACACAGUUAAUAAUUGCGUCCCAAUUCUUAUGCGGUAAAACUUCAUAUAAUAAUAAUAAUAAUAAUAAUAAUGAUGAUGAUGAUGAUGAUGACAUAGGCAUAAUAGGCCUGACUUGUCCCCUUCUAUAAUAAACAAAUUUCCGAGUCAAAUUUUAUUUGAAAAAAUGUAUAUUUUGUAUGUAAUUAUUUGCAUAUAGCCCAAUAAGUGCAAUGUGAAUAUGAGAUUUUUAUUUUUCAUGGCAUGCAUAGCUAUUUCUGACAUAAUGUGGUUUAAGAGCAUAGUUAAACUCUAAACAUAAAUAGCACCUAAUUCAGAAAAAUUAAUGGCUUGUUAAAAUUCUGGGGUCACAACUGUGGUUGCAAUAAAAGCCAGCAUAAACAGGGAGGCCAGGACUGAAGGUUAGCAGCCUUAGUGUCUACAAAAGGCAUGCUGAUGUAAUUCUCACAACUCAACAACUGUACAGGAAAGUGUCUUCGCUAAUCUGUCCACCAAGGUUACUCCUUUAGACAUUACUGAUGAACUACAGCAAACUUCAAAUUGUUAGCAGUUUAAAGCUUUGCACAUUUCACAAAAGUAAGAGUGGUAACCUGUGGCAAAAUGCCCACAAAUAUAUAUCUGAUUGGCUACACAAUCCCUGUGCAUUCAUACCCACUUUGAUUCCCCAGUUUGUUACUGCUAAAGAGAAUUGAGAUUUCAGUUAACAUGCCUGGGUAAAUGAAGAAUAAAAAGUUAGGAGCACAGAUUGGUGUUGCGUUUGCUUGAACACCUGGAGUGCUGAAACUGUUUGAGAUAUUUGGACAGUUUCAGAUUUUUGGUAAAACACUGGAAGGCAUCAUGAUUGGCCAGAUCAGAGUCACACCUCUCACCACUCACACCUUUGACCCAUUUGAUAAUUUCCACAGUCCCAUUGUGCUUUGCUCUGUGGGCACUAUCAAAAUUAAUUUGGACAGAGCCUCAUUUUAUGUGCACAAAUGCUUCCCUUUCCUAACUGCAUCUUCAAAAUGGAGCCAAUCAGUUAAUUAUGUCAUGUUCUUUGAGUCUGAAUAAAUUAUAUCAUUCGGUAUUAUUUCGUUUUUUUUUUUGUUUUCUUGCACAGUGGUUACAUUUGUGCAAGAAAACAAAUGGCUUAUGUAUUCUGUGUUGUACACUCAGGUACACUAAAACUGGGGGAUUAGGAUUAGGUUUAUUUUAUUUAAGAAAGGGACAGUGCACAUUAAUAAACAUGAUAACUUAGAUGCACCCUGUAAAUGUUCCAUAUUUAGCCAUACAGGCUAAUUUUCAUCUGUAGUCCCUGGGCAGGUUCUAAAGAUUGGUGUGUGGAGUAUAAUCAGCAUGUUUAAUCAUUUAAAUUGGCCCAAUUAUCCUAAUUAUUUUUACAGGUGUAUGAAAACAGAUUGAUAAUUGUCAGUGAAUUAUGCACAAUCUUCUAUUUAUGUUUUGCAAAUAUAUUUGCAAAGUUUCAAUUUAGAGAGAAGUAGACAGGAGUCUUCAUCUGUCCAUUUUGGUGAAAGAAAGCCUUUAGCCAGACUCAUGUUUAUAAAGUCAAGGUGUCAGACUAUCUUUUAGCAUUUGUUGUUAUUUAUAUGCUACCAUUCAAGGUACUUAGCUUGACACAACUUAAAAUCUCUCAUGUGCACACACACACACACACACACUUAACUAUGUGAAAUAAUGUGAAUCACCGACUUAAUGAUUAUCUCUAUUGUUAUGGCAUUUAUUUAUUUGGUUCUGUUGCCAUUCCGUUUAAAAUUUAUACCGCUAGUUCCGCGAUAGAGGAUGAAUACCGUAAUUACGAAAAUAACGUCAUUUACCUUAGAUAAACAUUGGAUAGUGUGGCCCCCCCCUCGUGGUCGUGUGGGCCCCCCCAGCGGUUGUGGCCCUAAACAACCACAUAGAGCGUUUAUGCCACGGGCCGGCCCUGUGGGGUGCCAUGGAGUCUAUGAGCAUGCAACUUCAAGCCCUUACUACUGUUGCUACAGUUGUGUAUGCUAUUUUGAACAUGUCCCACUGCUGGACAUGAGAUCUAUUAAUUUAAUAAAUUAACGUUAAAAAACAUGGUGGUUUUUUCCGCUUUUUAAAUUUUUUCGUGAUUUUCAGCAACUAUGCCGUGACUGCUCCAUAACUUCAGCCAAUAUUUUUCAUGACAAACACCCAGUCUUACUGAUCAAUAAUCUGUAGUAUUUUUCCCUUAGACUUUGCCAGAAAUGAUAAUUUUACAGCUGUUCUUUAAAAAAAUAUAUUUUGAUGAUACCCCCAGAUCCCCUAGAGGGUUGCAGAGUCUAUGCACCCCAAAUUCAAGCUAAAGUUAUGUCCUUGGUGGUUGUACAAUGCCCUCGCUCAUUGUCAAUCCCAAACUGAUCUCAUGUCAGUGCAUUGCCAAUGGUAACAGCAUUGUUAACCAGUACAGGCAAAAGUGUUCAAUGGACUCUGUAUUGUCGAUUCUGGUCACUGAAAUUCCUACACUCAGGAAAAAAAAAAAAAAAAAACUCUUACCGACUAUUG